CUUUGCUCUGCCCGAAAACUGGAAACUCCACCACAUUUAUUCCUCGUCCUCUUUCUUCACCUUUUUCUACUUCUACCACCACUUAUGUAGCAAGGACUCCCUCCACCUUUCUUCUUCAUCUGCUUUCCGCUCUUCACUUCUCUUUUCAUUGGAGUCGUCUGCGUUUGCUUUGCCGUGUGUGGUGCACAUCUCCAGAGGGUUUCAUUCCUGCCUUACUCGCACCAAACGUCCUCUUGGCUUUCGGCUUUCGAUUAUUUCUCUCGUGCCUUGCGGUUGUUUUCCUGUACCGCCAGCAACCCCCAAAGUCGUCAUUAGCGUCGUGACAAGCAAUUGGUCCUGUCCCUUCCUCCAGUUGGAAAAAAACACGCAAGGACACUGCUCAGCUUCCAGUGCUGUUAAAGAGUCUCUGCUGUUCUUUCUCUUUCGUCCCGAACUCUUGCCGGAUACAGUACGUUCUUGUUAGGCGUAACGGUACUCUAAGAAGCGCUCGAUUCGACUGCAGCUCAACAUAUUGCUUGUUGAGUCCACUCCGCCCGACACCGAGACGCGUCACGCACUUGCGGCACAUACCGCUUUCACCUAAACCUCGCAUCGACACGGUCGCCGAGUUGCGCAACUUGAUCAUGGCCGAUUACACUGCUCCCGGAGCCCCCGGCACCAACAACGCCGCUCCUACUAUGAACGGCAACUCUGAGGCCAACUUCCAGGCCCCCGCCGCCCUUGUUCAGCCCGGCACCAACGAGGCCAGCAAGACCCUUUGGAUGGGCGAAAUGGAAGGCUGGAUGGACGAGAACUUUAUUAAGAACGUUUUCACCACUGUCCUCGGCGAGACAGUUCAGGUCAAGGUCAUCCGCGAUCGCAACUCUGGCAACGCCGGCUACUGCUUCAUUGAGUUUGCCACCCCUGAGGCCGCUCAGAAGGCCCUUAACCUGAACGGCACCCCGGUUCCCAACAGCAACCGUGCCUUCAAGCUGAACUGGGCUUCCGGCGGUGGUCUGAUUGACCGUCGCGAUGACCGUGGCCCCGAGUAUAGCAUCUUCGUCGGCGAUCUGGGUCCCGAGGUCAACGAGUUUGUCCUCGUUUCGCUUUUCCAGUCUCGCUUCCCGUCCUGCAAGUCAGCUAAGAUCAUGACCGAUGCCAUGACCGGCCAAUCCCGCGGCUACGGAUUUGUUCGCUUUUCAGACGAAGGAGAUCAGCAGAGGGCGCUCGUCGAGAUGCAAGGCGUUUAUUGUGGCAAUCGUCCGAUGAGAAUUAGCACCGCGACUCCGAAGACUAGAACUCAUCAGUACGGCGCUCAUGCACCCCAUGCCGCCAACCCCAUGAUGGCCCCUGUCCCCGCUCACGCGACCAACCUUCAGUGGGGAGUUCCCCCCCAGCCGUACUACUCCGGUUUCAACCCGAUGCAGCCCAUGAACCAGUUUACCGACCCCAACAACACGACUGUUUUCGUCGGCGGUCUCUCUGGCUACGUCACUGAGGAUGAGCUCCGCUCCUUCUUCCAAGGUUUCGGUGAAAUCACCUACGUUAAGAUCCCUCCCGGCAAGGGAUGCGGUUUUGUUCAGUUUGUCCACCGCCACGCGGCCGAAAUGGCCAUCAACCAGAUGCAGGGUUACCCGAUCGGCAACUCUCGCGUCCGUCUCUCCUGGGGUCGCUCCCAGAACAACUCCGGCGUCGGUACUCCCUACCGCCCCGCCCCCCCUCCGCCUCACUACAUGGGCCCUCCUCCUCCGCCCGGCCCUGCUGGUCCUUAUGGCGCUCCUCACUUCGGCGGCAACGGCGGACCGCCCCCGGCUUUGUAAUCACGCUCUGCCUAUGCUUAUGGUUGAUCAUCGCUCGGCGUUGGGGUGUGGCGUACCGGCAAUCAAAACGUCCCCAGGUAACCGGUUGGCUUGAGCAUUUCCCAUCAUUCUUCUCGGUCCGAUAGCCACGACGAGGUGGCCACUUUUUGCUCGAGUUGUUUGUGUCGUUCGGGGUUUGCUUGGGGCGUCGUACGGGUCUUUCUGGUCUACUCUACGAAAUGGCUUGCUGCGCGGAGUUUUUCAAAAUGAUCAUGGGUUUUACGAUGGAAAGAGGAUGUGGUCUAGUCUCAAAAUUCUUGCUUGUCAACGCGUCUUUAGAUUGGUUUUACGGCGAGCAUUGUUGCUUUCGUUCAUUUCAUCUGGACGAUCGAGCGAUGGGAAGUUUUUCCGCAACCCAGAUACAAAGAUAUCUUGACAGAUUCGUCACAAGUUAGCUUAGGUUGGCUUUCACAGUUUCCUGUGCGUGUGGCGGAUUAUCUAUGGGUUAGCAUCGCUAAAUCACUUCGCUAUACCUCG